AUGCGCAGACUUCGAGAAUCAAUCGAAGACCGUAAUCAGUAUAUACUUUACUAUAAAGGUGUAAUUCAGAGACAAAGGGGAGUCGGAUUUCUUAUUAAAGCCUCGCUGAAGAAUCAAAUAAAGGAGUUCAGAGGCAUAUCUGACCGUAUAGCCUAUGUCAAUAUGACAUUACCUGGUUAUAGCAAGGAUUGGGUAAUCAUACAAAUUUAUGCCCCAACAGAGCAAGCUAACCCUUGCGACUUAGACCAGUUCUAUCAAGCCCUCAGUGAAACAAUAAUUAAAGUAAAAAAUAACCAUAUCGUUGUAAUGGGUGACUUUAACGCACAGGUUGGAGUAAGAAGCAGUGGUGAAGAGAAUGUUCUUGGUAGAUUCGGUCACGGAAAGAGAAGCAAGAAUGGGCAAAAAAUGAUUGAUUUCGUGCUAGAACCUAUUUAA